AUGGAUUUGGUUGAUGAAAUGAAUGAGGAAUUAAAUACGGAUGAAGAGAGUAGUUUGAGGUUGGUUCCUACUUUGGACAUGUCUUUUGACACAAUGCAAGAUGCAAAGAAAUUUUAUCAAGACUACGGUAGAAGAAGUGGAUUUGGCAUUCGAACCAGAACUUCUAAAAAGGAUAGCAAGAACGUGGUGUAUUACUUGAGAUUGGUUUGUUCUAGGGAAGGUAAAUAUGUUUCCAGCAUUCGUCCAGAGGUCAAAACUCUUCCCAGUCAGACUAAUCAAUGCCUUGCUGGAAUAACCAUUGCACGAAAAAAAGACAAAUGGUUUGUUAGAACUGUAGUUUUAGAUCACAGUCAUGAGCUGUGUCCACAAACCUCCAAUCUAAUCCGUGGUAAUAGGCAAUUGAACAUGCAUGCCAAACACACUUUGGAAGUGAAUGAUGAUGCUGGUGUUCGUAUUAAUAAGAGUUUCCUUAGCAUAGUUAGUGAAGCGGGUGGAUAUGAAAACAUGCAAUUUGUUGAACGAGAUGCUAGAAACUACAUUGGUCAGCAUAAAAGGUCACUGUGUAAGGAAGGUGAUGGACAAGCAUUGCUUCGACACUUUUCAAAAAUGAGAGACCAGAAUAAUGAAUUCUUCUAUGAAAUCGAGAUGGAUGAAGAUAAUAGAAUUACUAGUGUCUUUUGGGUAGAUGCUCAAAGCCGAGCUGCAUGUGAGGAGUUUGGUGAUGUCGUGUCGUUUGACACCACGUACUUAACCAACAAGUACGACAUGCCAUUUGCUCCAUUUGUAGGAGUUAAUCACCAUGGACAAUCGAUCUUACUUGGUUGUGGAUUGCUGUCAUCAGAGGACACUUAUUCAUUUAUAUGGUUAUUCAAAUGUUGGUUAAGAUGCAUGGGAAACAAGGCGCCGAACAAUAUUGUAACUGAUCAAUGCAAGGCCAUGGCAAAUGCAAUUGAAGAAGUGUUCCCAAAAACAAAACAUAGGUGGUGUUUGUGGCACAUUAUGAAAAAAAUACCUGAAAAAUUUCAAGGGUAUAAGAAUUAUGUUGGAAUCAAGUGUGAUAUAAAAGUGGUUGUCUAUGAAUCUGUUAGUGCAAUUGACUUUGAAACUGGUUGGAAACGACUACUUACCACACAUGGCUUGGAAAAUAAUGAUUGGCUAUGUAAUUUGUACGAAGAGAGAGGGAAAUGGGUUCCAUGUUACUUGAAGAAUCACUUUUGGGCUGGUAUGUCAACUACUCAAAAAAGCGAGGGAAUGAAUGCUUUCUUUGAUGGUUUUAUUAAUUCCACUACCACACUGCAACAAUUUGUGAUUCAAUAUGAUAAUGCUUUAAAAGUAAAGGCCCAAAAAGAAAUAGAAGCUGACUUUGCCUCUCUAAAUACAAAAGUUGCAUGUGGGUCUCAAUCACCAAUUUAG